AUUUAAAGUCUAUUUCCAAAUAAGUUUGUACAACCCCAGAAAAUAAACUGUACCGUACCUACCUAUUUUCUUUAGAAGACUUUUCCAUAUCCCAAACUCGAACAUUAAUCAUGUCGUCCUUGAUCGAAAUGAGCUUAGAGGAAAUCAUAAAGAAAAAGAAAAUAAAUAUCAGGUCUAAACGACAAAAUAAACAUGGAAAGCAAGGUGUUCAGCAAGGAGCUCUCAAAGCUAAACCACAAGUUAUGGAUGCUAGAAAUAAAAUAAUAUCAAAGAAGAGAAUUCAGAUAACAGAUGCUCGAGACAAAUUGGCCGAACUUGCAAAGCAGAGGGAUGCUAGACUGAAGCUAGAACAUCUCAAAAUGCAAAGAAGAGGACAAAUGACACCUGUAAAUGUUUUUCCAAAGGCCACCAAAUUUACUCGAACUGUUGUCAACAAAGAUAGAGUGUUCACAGAUACAUCCAGGCAAGUUGUCUCACAGCCUCUGAACACACCUAAUCUUAGACGUCAAAUCAACAAUAAACGUAGAUUUGUAGGAAAUAAGGCAGUUGGUACACAAAAAAUACAUAAAAAUCCACAACCCCAAAAAAUUCUCAGAACAGUGGAAAAUGAUAUAGAAAUUAUAGAUGAUGAUGAUGAUGAUCCAAUGGGGGAAGAAUAUAUUCCAACAAAAUUGUUGAACCGCAAAGCUAGUCUACAACUUAAAAUAAUUACUCACAACAAUGGUGCAAGAGAUAAACCACCCAGUACCACUAAUCGAACUGCCAUAAGCGAAAGGGAGUAUAGCCCACCAAGACCACCUUCGAUUCUCAAGAAACGUCCAAUGGCUGCUUUCAAAUCUAACAAUAAAGCUUACAACUCUGACAAGACGGCUCCAGAAUUUAGAAUCAUUGUUAGUAGUUUGAAAAGCACAGUAACAGCUGGAGAUAUAGAGGAAUUAUUUGGAGAUGUAGGUGGCAUGGUCGAAUCGCGUUUGGUUCGUCCCGGUACUGCAGAAGUAAUUUAUAAAACUCAAGAAGAUGCACAGAGGGCUGUAGAUUUAUAUCACAAUCGACAGCUAGACGGACAGCCUAUGAAUUGCUUACUUGUCGUGCCUAGAACACUGAAUUCUUCUUCGAGAAACAACAGUAAACCAGCAUUAUACAGCACUAACUCUAACGUAGAACCUGACUUAUCAACGUUCCACAAAGUAUUAUUUAGUAAUUUAUAAUUUACAAAAACGACACCAGUAAUAAUAUAUUUUAUACAGUGUUAUUGUAAUUUGUAGAAGGUUUUACGCUUCUAUCUAAAGAAAAGGAAAAGUAACAGAUUACUCAAUCAAUACAUCUCUAUGAACGGAUAUUAUGGCUAGAUUUGGGUUUGUUGAAAAGGCAGUUUCCCAUGUUUGAUUAUGUUUAUUAAAAUGUAUUCACACUAAAAAAGUAGUAAUAACAGUAAAUAACACUAAAAGAUACUAUUUUGUGAAAAUAGCAAGCUUUGCAGCUUAUACUGUUAAAAAACCCUUGCAAUCAAUUUUUUAAGGAUGUACGGAUUUAUUCUUAGAUUCUUGUAAAUUUAGUGUUUGGAUAUAAUUAAAGUGUUAAGUAAAAUUCCUCAACUGAUAGUGGUUUAUUAGAAAUGUGUGCCUAUUAACAAACAAACAAAAAACGACAACAAUGAAAUAGAUUUUUCAAUUUGUAUUUAAAAGUAUUAAUCAGCAUUUAAGAAAUUGAAUACUGUAAAAUGCAUGUAAGUAAAUGGCAUUAGGAUACA